AUGACGCUGGUUUCUGUGGCCCAGCGCGAGCGUGACAAUCCGCUGUGUCGCUGUCAACCAGGAUUUGUGGGUAGUGACUGUAGCAUCGUUGCAACUUGUUUCAACGUGUCUGACUGCUCCGGUCACGGGGUCUGCGUGGACUUUGACGUAUGCAAAUGUGACAGCGGAUGGGCGGGGCCAAAUUGCACAGAGUUUUCUUGUGAACGUCUGGCGGCGUGCUCAGGCCACAGUCAGUGUAAAGGAUACGACGUAUGCAGUUGUGACAAUGGUUGGCAAGGUGACAGCUGCGCUCUGCCAGACUGUUCUUCAAAUAAUGACUGCUCCCUACACGGGGUGUGUACGUCACCUCACACGUGCACGUGUUAUGACGGUUACCAUGGUGAAAACUGCACUGCAAUGAAGAAUUGCACAUCGUUAAAUGGUUGUAAUGACCACGGUGUAUGCGCUGCCUUUGAAGGGAAUGAUACCUUCAUUUAGAGGUGGCAAACAUUUGGUUAUAUCUUAAUAACAGAAAUCCCACAGCAAUUGUCUACGAAAGUGACACGUAACAACGGUUUUUAAAAUAUAUGUUUGGUGAAAGCAUAGGCUGGGUCCAUUUAUGACACUUAA